UAGACUAGACAUUUCUAGACAUUUUUACUCAUUUCAAGCUUUGAAAUUUCUUAUUUUAUUGGCAGAUAAUUUUGCUUUGGGGGUACGGCGGCUUAGUGGUUAGCAAAUUUGCCUGGCACCUCCAGGGUUGUGGGUUCGAUUUCCUCCCCUCUGCCCUGUGUGUGUGUGUGUGUGUGGAGUUUGAACGUUCUGAUUGGUUGAUUGGCUGAUUGGUAUCUCUAAAUUGUCUGUAGUGAGUGAAUGGGUGUGUGUGUGUGUGUGUGUGUGUGCGCGAUUGUGCCCUGCAAUGGGUUGGCACUUCGUCCAGGGUGUCCUCCGGUUUGUCCCCGAGUCCCCUGUGAUAGGCUCCAGUCUCCCAGAGACCCUGUGUCGGAUAGAUAAUGUUGCUUCUUAAUAAUAAAUGCUAAAUCAUGGCAAAAUCAUCUGGCAAUAGAAUAAGAAAUUAGAUUAUUUCUAAUUUAUUCCAAAUCAUAAACUAUUUAUAAAAUAAGACAAUUUAAAGCUUGAACAAAAGGUUAGGACAAAAGGUGUAGAAAUGGGUUUAAUAAUCUUAUAUUCAGUUUAGUGUAACCUUAUAAUAGGGAAUACUAUAUACUAUAUUGAAGAUAUUUUCAUAAAGAUAUUGUCAUUUUUUGCAGUGUAGGACUGAGACUAAAAACUUUUAAACAUUUGUACACUCUACUCUUGUUCAGUGUUAAAAACAUGGCUUCACAAAUGAUCUACAUGUGCAAUUUCCUUAACAUAUAUAUGAGUAAACUAUACAGUACAAUUGGUGUUUACUUAUUUACUAUACUUCAAGUUUUAUGGUAUUGGCAUGGCAGUGAAUUUAUGCAAAAACAACAGGUUUAGUGCAGUGAUGCCAGGUAGUGCCAGAAUCAUCACUCUGUUACUGUGCUGUUUGUAGUUGAAGGUGUUGUUGUGGUGCUAUAUGGCCUGAGUGUGUGUGUGUGUGUGUGUGUGUGUGUGUGUGCAGAGAACAUGUCGGCAGCAUGUCUGGCUUUGGUGAAGAGUUCUGCCUGUCCUCCCUCAGGCUGAAGCACUCUUGAAUUAACUGGGAUGAAUCUGCCUCUCAGUUCAUUUUCUGCAGUUCCCUGCUGCCUCUGAGCACUGCUUUCUCUCUCUAUUUGAUUGAUUAUAGGUAAUGUUAAACUCAACCCACUGUGUUGAAAGUGUACGUGCUUUGCUAUGUAGCCAGUCGAGUUCCUUUUAUUUAGCUCAUGUGGGCCAGAGAACCAUUCGAGCAUUUCUGCAUGAAAGCAAUCUGUUUGGAUACAGUCCUUUCACAGAAUCGCGAUAUAAAAGAAAUGUGAUGUGAUGUUGAUGCCCCAUAUUUUCUGUGGAAAUAGGCAUACAUAAACCAUUGUGACCUUUCGGUGGAACACAAAUUAGGCUUUUUUUUUUUUUUUUAAUCAGAGAGUCUUCUGGUCAACAGUGUUGUAUGAUUCCUGCAGGCUGUCUCUAGAAACUCAGAUCAUGUAUUAACACGUGUUUACUUAUCUGUUUUGACAGAUUUAAACUUUACAGAACUGCAUUAUUACAAUUUUUUUUACAACGAAUUGCCUUUAUGUUUGGCAAAACAUAGAUAUGGGAAUACAGUAGAUGACGCAUUUGCUUCUGUUGCUAACUACUGCAACACGUCCACCAUGAUGGAAAGAGCCAGAUUGAAUUCCCUUGAAAUAUCAUAACAUUCGUUAAAGCUAAAAUUAAUGUGACAAAUACAGCUUCAAUUUGACCUUAGGUAUUGUAAGCUACAUUAUAAUAAACACCGGUUUAUCAACAGUACACCAACUGUACACAAAUCCAUAUCUGAAUCUAUCAAAAUUGAUGCCAAACAUUAAGAACACAAAUUAAUGACAAGGAAAACAGCACCAUCCUUAACUGCAAACCCAUCGAAAUAGCAGCUUAGCUAAUGCUUUAACUCCUGAACAAAGCAUCUCAUAAAAUUGAGAGAAAAAUGAAAAAAAAAAAAAAAGUGAUUCUUUAUUCUCUUAUCUGAGAUUAUAAAAUAAUGAAUUUGCUGGCAUUUUUGAAGAAAGUCUCAGUUCUAAAUUUAAAUUUAAUGACUAUAACCUGGAAAGUUGUCCUCUCCAUAGACUGUGGACUGUCCACUGUUGGAGAAGUCAUGUUGUUGUCACCGAGUGCUGUUUGCAGUGCUGUAACUUGUACUGUGGAACAUCCAAACUUGUCUCUGCUUUCAUUCAGCUGAGAAAGCCCAGGGUUUGUGGUCUACAAGACUGUUUUUUUACCAGUGAUGCUCUGCUUUGUGUAUCAUGCCAAGUGACCAAGAUGGUCAGGGCGACAGUAGAAUUAUAUAAGAAAGCGUCUCAGUGGAGGCUGAAAACAAGCCAGCAGCAGACGGACAGAGCCACGCGUCUCAUGUAUUUCCUGGAAUGCUACAUGCUGUGAUCUACCACCCGCUUUCCCACUACUGAUAGCCUUUAUUGUACUAGUAACUUAAAGUGUCUUAUCUAAUAAAGUCUUAGGCUUCUGGUUUUUGUUACCCAGAGCCAAAAAUCAUUUGUUUUAGGGCAGGAAGUAAUGAUUGUUAAAGCCUAAUUAUUCUCAUUGGUUACUCAAAUACAUCUCCCUGAAAUGUUGAGGUUAUGCAUUGGGCGUUGCCAUGGAAUUUUGUCCACUGCCUAGGUAGAUUGGUUUGAGAAUAAAUAAGAGGCAUUUAAAUGCAGUCCUGCUCAUCACUUCGUAUUAUUAGUAAUCUCAGCAUUGGCUCUUAUGGGUCAUUAUCUGUUACAUAAUACCUGUUGUUAUUGCCUGCUCUGAGUGCCUUUGAUUAAAUUGCUGCAGGAGUAGUUGAAUGGAAUGUGUGCGUGUGUGUGUUUGUGUGUGUGUGUUCUGGUUGCUCAUGCUGGAGCUCUAGGCUGUAGGUGGUAAGCUCUCCCCUGCUCUUGUCUGAAUUACAUGUCCACACUGAUUAGUAGAAGUCAGUGUGGAUAGGAUCUCACAUUUUCCUGCCUUUAUAAUUAAGAUAAGCUCCCAUCGGGCUGUGUGCGCUGCCCCUCUUCACCUUCGCUGUGCAUCUGUGAUGGGAGAGGAAAAGGCUUGCUAACUACCACCACCUCUGCAUUCCUGAAUACUUCAUCUACAUCAAACCCAGUAGACUGUUCUCCCCAAUCAGCCAACCUUCUCCUUACCCUUUGCCCUCUCCUGUCCUACUACCAGCUGUGUUCUGAACUGCUCUGAGGAAAAAAAAAGCCUUCAUAAUUGCCUUAGGAAAAUUGUCUGAAAAGAAAAAAAAAAAGGUCAGAUGGAAUUGAAAAUGGUCAAUUAGCAUUUAAGUGUAAUAAUUGAAUUUGCCACUAAGCCAAAAACAUAAUCCAGUUUUACAGUCCCUAGGCCAUAGAGAGAGAGAGAGAGAGAGCAUAUUAAAUGCAUCCUUAAUGUGUGCUGACACAUUCCAGUUCCAUUAUACAGGUUUUUCCAUAGCUCCCUUAAUCAGGGUAAUCCCUAUUCAGUAGCCACUAGCUGAGUGUCACAUUUGCAUUAUGAGGGGAAGUAGAAAGCAUCAGAUGAGCCAGAUUCAUCUGACUCCUGUCUGACCUGCAUUUAGAGCUUGUUCAGUGCAGGUUCCAGGAAGCGCCAGGCCAUUUUAAUUCACAGGCAAGUAGAAGAUGAACAGACAGAAGGGCUACUGUCCUUCACCUCCCUCGCUACCUAAUCAGUGGCGGCCACUCGCGCCUGCCUGCAGUCACUUGUUCCCAGGGGCUUGAUCAGACACCCUUUAUUGGACCACCUUCAAGUGUGGCGUCAUCAAGUGAUUUUUCUACCUUUCUUAAUCCUCAAGUAUUCCUGCUGUCUGCACCUUGCCUCAGACAGACGAACACCGCUGAGCCCUGCUCUGUUUCCCACACCCCAUUACAGUGCCUCGAGAUGCACUUUUAUGCUGUUACUUCUGGGAGGGCCAGUCAACAGCUCUUAGUACUUCUAUUCUGGAUGACAAACCUAACCAGGGGAAUACAUGAGGUCAGAGAAACAACAGCGCCUUAAUUGGAUUCAUUUGGAGACAAUCAUUGUCUUUAUUACUGUCAUUCAUGCUGCAUAAUUUAGACUGACGCAAAUGUUCUUUAUUUACGUUCUGCAAGUGUGCAAGGAACUUUCAGGACACAUUGUGCCUUGGUGUGUGCCUGGAUUUCAAAAGAAACUUGACACAUGCGUGAAGGUGGCACAGGUUACAUGUUAUUGACCCUUAUUCUUGUCAUGCAAAUACACACAUAUACACUCAUACACAUUCUAGACAUUAUAUCUGUCUAGUGCUACAAAUAUUCAUAACUCUAUCUGUAUUUGGAUAUAAACAGGAUUUUUUUUAAUUACCUACCACUAUGCCCUUUUUUAAAUCCUGCUUGCUCAAUUAUUAUUUUUGUUUGUACAUGUCUGCAGUAUUUUCUUACAAAUUUAGUUGGUUGUAUUUCUCAAACAGGCAGUUAGCAAUUAAUAAUUACUAUUAUAUUAAUGAAUGUGCUCAUUCUUUGGCCCAAAAACUUCAUAUCGAACUGCUUAUCUGUACCCACAGCAACCUGAAUAGUUUGCCUCCUAUUCGUGUCUGUAUUUGCAUCUGUUUAGGUCUUGUUAUUCAUUCCCAGUAAUGUAUUCUUAUUGGGUUACAUCCCUAAUACACAUAAACACACUUUUUAAAUCUCCAUGCACUUCACAUGCAUCAUACGUCUAGUUCAAGGAAACAUAUUUUUCCGUGUUUGCCUGCCUCUAAUCCCUGUAAUCUAUUUUUUGCUUGUUAGAAUGCAUUGUAAGUAUUUGAGGUUUAGAAAGGAAAAGAGGAUCAGGGAUAGUCUGAGAACAGACUACAGAGCUCUGCAGAUGUCAUUACUAGAUCGCAGAAGUUGAGGUAAUUGCCCAGGGGUGCUAUUGAUUUGCCAGGUUGUCCAUGCUUGACAUUUGUUCAGCCAGACCUGUCGGUUGAUCAGAUAAGGCUGAUGUCCAUGUCAGGGUCUUGAUUUGUAUGAUAUUAUGAGGUGUAAAGGCACAUUACACAGUUUUAACGCUAAAUGUCAAUGCUACGACAGCUUUUCUGGAGGGGAAACAGACUGUAAAGCAUUUUAAUGGUAAACAGAGGUGAACGGCCAGUAAAUUAGUCGAGCUCCUGCAUUGGUCCUUUUAAAUUAGAUAUUGAUUUGGGUGUUUAAAAUACAUCAGUGAAAAGGUUUUGUAUAUGCUCCAAAUGAUUACCUUAGGGUAUGUCCUGAUGGUAUGUGAGGUUGGAUAAAUUUACAAGUGAAUCCAAGAUACCAGAUACAUAUUCAGGUACAUAGCUCAAGCAGUGUCUCCUGUCUGGAGACCAACGUGAAGAAGUUGAUCUGAAUGUGUGAGGUUCAGUAAACAAUAGGAGAUUCAGCUCAUGGUGCAGGUUUCAGAAAUAUUGAACCAACAUCACAAAUAAGUCCAUAACUCAGGCUCCUGUAUGUUUUCUAUUGAGGCACGAGAACCUCGAAUCCCAUCUCACAAGGUUCCUCUCACAAGCUAAACACCUGUCAAUCAUAAUUUGGUUUAUGCGCUGUCUCUGGCUGCUUUAUUUUAAUCCUUUUCUUUGAGCACUAUCGGAAUGUGUGUCUGCAAUGCCGAUUGGCGCUGUGACAUAUGAGGCUAAUUUGCAGUCUUGAAUCUCAGUUGCUUAAUGGAUUUGAGAGGAAAGAGGACCUUACAGACUGUGCCUCGAGCCUCCUGCAGUAUAUCUACCAAAUGUAAGGACUAUUCCGGCAUAAACGUGUUAUUUCUCAUGUUAUCCAGGAUGGAGUAUUCUGUAGCGCAGUAUUGGAUUUCUCAACCUCAGCAUUUUGGCACAAUUCAUAAUUUUGUAUGGUUGUAGUGUUUACAUACAUCAAUGUCCCGGCAAUGCAUUAUUUUGCAUACUUUGCACAAAUACAUCAUAAAAUCAAAUACGUUAAUGAGUUAAUAAAGCCUGCAAGUGGAAAAAAAAUGUCUUCCCCUUUAUAUCCAUCUACAAAUUGGUACUAUCAACAUAAAUCAUUAGGAAGAAGCUUUCCCAAAUUAUAAACUUGGCUUCCUUUUCAUACUAAUGUGUCACCUCUGUACGUGAGUAGGAGUAAACAUGAGUAGGAGUGUUUACAACAGAUAUAUCAAUGGUUCAAAUUUUGAUUUUUGCCAGAAGGUCUCUUCAAGACUCUCCAAAGCCCAAAAUUAAUGUCAUCCCAUCAUCCUGAGACAUUUCAAAUAUUCUAGUGACAAUGUGCCUUUUUGCUUGGUAUGGUUGUAGGAUGAUGAGAAGAAAAAGAAAUCAGUAACAAUGACUUUUGGUAGCAGCUGUCCAACAUAUGUCUUCCCAGAUGUUUCUGAAGUUUGUAACUGAAGGCCUUUGCGCACAGGCGGCGUAAUUUGUGGAUAAAAAAAAUUCAUAGCAUGAAAAUUCUAACACGCACUACCCUGUGACAGCUUACACAAGGCUGGAAAAUAUGGUUCUGCAAUGAAUUAAAAAAUAUAUAUAUAUUCAUUUAUUUUAAAUUUUGAAUAAAAUUCAUUUAUUGUAUUCAUUUUAUUUAAAAAAUGAAAAAAAUUGCAAAUCAAAAAUCAUUCAAUUUGACUAAGUGGAUGCUGAACCAGCGAAAUGUGAGGCAAACACAUAUAUAUAUAUAUAUAUAUAUAUAUGUCCAUAAGUAUUUGGACAAUGACACAAUUUUCAUGUCAUCAUGUAAUUUUGCCUCGGUACACUACCACAUUAUUUCAUGACAAAUUAAGGAGAUGUGUGUUUAUUAUACGUUAUAUACAGUGUUAUAGAACAACAGAGCAGUGGGAAAUUCUUCUACCUUGGUGGAAGUAUGAUGUUAGUGCUGCAGUCUUAAGCCCUGCGAUCAUGGUAAAUGUAAAAGUUCAGUUCACACACAGGUAAAUACAGUGUCUGCUGUGACUUUCAGAGCUUUUAUAAAUAAUGCAAUUGUUGCAAAGGCAAACAUGGGCUACUGAAGAGCAACAAAAAAUACCUUUUAAGUUUCAUUUCAUAUUACUUACUUUGUUCAAUUAUUCAUACUCUGAAGAGAAGCUUUCGUGCCUGUUGUGGUAACUGUUAGUCUUUCAUGGUUGGCACGGCAUACAUCUGCUUUCUGGAAAAAGCCUGUUUUUUCAAAAUAUUUUAAGAAAAAUAUACAGAACACAGAAGACGAGGUGACAGGUUAACCGAGCCUGUGGUCCAUAACACUCUGUAAAGGAACAGCAGCAUUAUGUCACAUGGCUUUGUGCCUCUGUCCUGCAUCACACCCUAAGAGUGUGAUACAGAAGGUACAAAAUGAGAUUAUUUGUGUAUGUAUACGAGAGAGUAAGUGCGAAGGAGAGAGAGUGGAAAAAGAUGUGUAGAAAUUGUGUGAGAAGAUUCGUAGAAACACCUCGUCUUGGGUGAGUAAUAGCAGAAAGGAGAUAAGAAUGGUUAAUGAGAUGUAAAUAAAGAAAUGCCUUUAUGAUAAAUGGUUGGUAUGCAAGAGUAUAACACAUAUGUCUUUAUUAAAAAAAACAAAAAACUGUCCAACGUGCAUUGGAGUGGAAUACUAUCACUGGGAAAUGCCUCUGGUGUUCCCAAACUGUGCAGUAUGCUCAGGUUAUUGGCAGCACUGCAUUACACGACAAGUGUGCAGAUUUACAGAGAUAUUACAUUUUUCAUUUCAGAUUUCAAGUGCUCUCUCUGGUUCAUGACCGUUCAUUCGGGCAGGGUCAUUCUUGUGCAUUAGACAAGUGAAAUGAUUCACCAGAAUAACACCAGCGCGGAGUGACUAGGCAUUACAUGAAGCUUAUUUAGUGACUAGAUCUGGGCUACUUCUUUUCAGGCACAUGCAGCUGUUUACUCUAUAACCACCCCUGGACUGAAAGAUCGCCACUGCAUGGUCGACGGGCUCUUCAAUCUCUUUUAGGCCAUUGAUUGGCUUUUCAUUGGGCUAAGGCAGUGGAGCACUAGUCCUGAUUGACACGGUGGGGGACUCUGUCUGGGCGCCGCCUCUACCAACACAGUGGCCGCCUGGCUAAUGAGGAGGCCCGGUGCACGAGCACGCAAACAAUCAAACGAGAGGAGAGAACCGGGGCCUGGGCCCCAGAGAACUGCACUUGUCAACAUCAAAACAAAGAACUGUGCAAUUUGUAGGGUGACAUGUGAUGCUGCUUUCUUGCAUCUGUGAAACAAGAGUGGUAGAGUCGCGUCAAUGUCUGUAGCUGCACCUUUUGCCUACACUCCAAACAGAAUGCUUGUUUUUGUUUUUUUCCAAAAAGGGAGAGAGAUUGCUCUUACUAUUCCUGUCAUCUAACUGUUUAAAUGUGCCUCCACAGGGCUCCAAUUUUCCACUUAGGAAAAUUGAAUUGAUUUGUCUUAAUGAUGUCAGGUUAUUAGUGAAAUGCAUUACCUCAAAAGACAUACUUUCAUAUCAUUCCAGCAUGGCUUGAUAUGUAUUCAGCAAGGCAUAGACUUAAUUGACGGCUGCUAAUUGCUCAUCCUCCAUUUGAAUAGCUGACAAAUCAUAUUCAUCGUGGUAUAAUCCAUUUCAAGUGAUUUGACUGAUUUGAAAAAGAGUAAGUAGCUUAAUGGACUGACCUCUGUAGGCAAUUAAGAUUUAUCAAGGCAAAAUGCACUGAUAUGUAUGGCUGUGUCUGGAAUAAGCAAGGUAUCUGGGAGCGAUGAUGAUCGUUAUGUAUCACGUGCCUAUUUAUACAGUACUUUAAAAGCUUGAUCGUUGCAAUCUUGUAAUGGACAAAACUAAUAAAUUAGGAUUUCCCUUUCUGAUUUGAAUUGUGUUUGCUGUAAGCACACUCCAAUCAAUGUCAAUCAGUGACCACUCAGGACUUCUAAAGUGGAACACCAGGAUGAAUACGAAGCUUUUCUCUUCAUAAUACAAGAACAAGUCAGCUCUUUAUCCAUUAUGUUAGCAGCUGUGUGUGUCCCUGAUGACCUUUCUAGGCUGGAUCUUUGCCCUCAUCAAUGCUGAGGCUCUAUCUGAUCCUCAUAUUCCUUACUAGUUCCUCUAAAUCCCUUUAAUGAAUCAACCGUGGCAUGACCCAUCAAUACAGAGACGUUGACUAAUGCGACGAGUGCAAACAAGCGGCUUGUGAAUCUUUCCAUUAUUGAGUGCUCUCCAAGUAAACAAGUGAAACAGACAGCAUGAGAGCUACAUGCAAUCACUACAUUAUUGAUUCACGAAUUUCAUCACACAUUUUCAGCUUUUUAAGAGAAGCACUGUUUAGUACAGCGAGAUACAUGAGCUUUACAUUUUUGCUCAUUUGUUGGUUAAAUCUGCUGCAUAAUUGCCAGAACUGCCCGUAUAUUUUCCAGUCAGAUUUGGAGCCCUCAGUUGUACCUCUGCUUGUCAUGCUAAUGUUCUAGGCAUGAUGUUGAAAACGCUCAUCUUGAAAUAUUUUAGACUGGCCAUGACACUAAAAGGGUGUAAUUAUUAUUUCCUAAGCACCUUUCACAGGUCCUCUGACUCCUAGGAGCGUGCCUUGUGAAUAAAAAUAGUUGUGUGAGGCAUGUACUGCUGAAAAGUAGGCCCUAGAGUAAUGCAAAGGGAGAGGGAGAUAGCUUUGCUAAAGGAAGCAGAACUGAAUGACUUCUCCUUGCAAGCACAGGUGUGUGGCCGUGUGCGAUUACCAGCGCUCCAGUCAGCCAUUUAGCUGCCUAGACCUGACGUGCUUUGACUGAUGCGCACUCGCAGAAGGCUUAAUGAGUGCACACUGGAUGAGAAUCAGCACCGGGAAAUUGAUUUUCCACCUUUAUUAAUGAGGGAAUAUUUAAAUGGUCAAGAGUGGAAUUGUGGAGAGGAGCUCUGCUUUACUCUUUCACACUCCACUCUCACAGAGACAGAGGCAUGUGGGUGCAUUUUUAUAGGCAGUUCUGUGUGUGCAAGGGUGAGCAGAGGGCUUGUUAAGAACGUGGUAUAACACUCUGGAACACCGUGCUCUGAAGUUUUUGGGCUGUCAUGUCCCAUAGUAAUACACUGGGAAGCACUGCUGUGCUUGAAAACCAGCCUUGAUCAUUGAUCAUGGGCAUUUAAAGCAACUGAUCCUUGCCCUCUCCUCACUCUGAAGCUGUUCACUUCACCCACCACACUGACCUUAUACAUGACGAAAAGUUAUUUAUUUAGGAAAUUCAAAAAAGCAUUCCCUUCCAGUGACUGCGACAGGUUGAGCUGUGAAACUUGCUGUCGUGCCAGGCACAGCACCGUUAAUGCACUUAAUUUGCACUCCACAUUUGUUUGGUUUACUGAUUUGAAGAGCGUCCUGUUGUUUGCACUGGGACUCUGCCUGUCUGAUGGCCAUGGAAGACAUUUUGAGGCCAUCAAUAUGCAAACUGCUCGAGCUCGGCCCCUCUCGAAGCCUCUAAUGGAAGCACUGCAUCAGAGCUAUAAAAGCAGGCUAGCUUGUUAGGAGCCUGCCACACAAAUUUUAUUCGUUACUGUUUUUUAUCGAUUUUCAUUAGAAUUAAAGUUCCUGCUUAAAUGAGCUUGUAAUGUGUGAUUAACAGUGAUAAUAUGAUAAUAACAGUGUUAUUAUAUCUUCUUUAUCUGAUUUAUCUUCUUAAAUCCUAUUAACAAAACUUCUGAAAUUUUCUUUUAUUAAAGAAUUGUAAGAAUUCAGUUGUAUAAAUUGUACAAUCAUAAUCACAAUCACAAUCUCCUUGUUACGAUAAUAAACAAUAAAGUCAAAAGGAAGGUGAUGCUGAUUUUAUAAAUGAGAAGAAUGCUUAUUACACAUUAAAUCUGCAUUUAUCCCCCCUGUGGCUAAGUUGAGAACAAAGUCCUGCUUAUAGCAUUUAAGCUUAUCUUGCUGAUCUCCUGAAGCAGUACAGGCAAUCUUGAAAACUUUGCUUACCUGAGGCAGGUCUUCUGUUAGUCCAGAAGGUCAGCUGCAGCUCAGAAAGUGUUUUAUCUCAAGAUGUUUGGCUCAAGUUCUAAUCAGCAUUCGAAACACUAACUCGAUGAUUGUUUAAAUCCAGAUUAAAAGCGUAAUUGUUUAAUUUGGUCUCUUCUUACUUCACUGUUAAAUAUACUGUCCAUGAUUUGUAGUAAUUCUCAUAGAUUUAUAACCACUUGAUUAGUGAUUGUACAUUGUGUGCUUUAUCAGAAAUACUUUGUUUUUAUCUUCUAAUCUUUUAUAUGUUAAACGCUUUGGGAUAUUAAAGUAAAAAUGAAAAGUGCUAUAUAAAUAACAAUGAUGAUAAUGAUGAUUCUUCCUAUUCUUAUUCUUAUUAUCAUUAAUAUAACCUUGGUAUCUGGUCAUGUUACCCCCUGACAAACUCCAUUUUUAUCCUAAAUCUGCCUAAAACUGCUUUUUUGUGAAUAUGGUCCCUGCUAAUCAAGAAUUGGAUAGAAAUAGGAACAUUCAGUCACUCCUGUGUUCAUUCUGCUCAAAAGAGUUCUCGCAACAUAAUACUUCUUAUUCAGAACCUGAUCAUAUGAAAUGUGGAACCUCCAAAACCGCAAAAGUCAUUAAUGUUAUCUAAUGAGUCAAAAUAAUCUUUAAUAGGUGAUCAUUCCUUUUGUAUGAACCAACAACCUUCAGAAUUUUAUAUCAUUUUACUCAGCAGCAGAAUGUUAUUCAACAGAGCUCCAUUGGCCGAGGCUGAUUGUCUGCUGAAUUCCCUGAACUGAAUUAGAGCCCAGCUUUGCUAAUGGCUAUGAUGACAACACUUAUCCCCAUCUAUUCCUGGCCCAGCUCACCAGGCAUUCAUGCCAUUCCCAGCUCAAGAUUAUGAGAGCCGAGCAAUCAGAGCCGAUGCAUUUCAGAUACACAUCCCCCUUUCCCUCAGUCAGAUGAGGAAGGAAGUCAAUGCCGGAGUUAACACUAAUUGCUGUCCAGUGAUGCUGAAGCACGAACACCUUUAUUCACUCGCUUUAAGAAGGAGCACACGAUGCUUUGCAAUCUGCAACAUCCAUAUUCAUUCAAAACAUGGGCAUAGAAACCUUGCAUUCAGAAUGCUGAGAAUGAACUGACCGUGAAUAAUCUAUAUUAAAAGCGUGAGCAUGGUUAGCCAAUAGAGAAUGUGAAGUUAAUGUUACGCCUUGUUGUAUUUCAGGGCAGCUCACCAUCUUGUAAGGAGAACGGCAUUUGGAGUUUGGCAUUCUGGUUCAGUCACAGUAUGUUUCUCAUUCGUUCCUCCCUUCUUCAUUAGCUCAAUUUUGUAAGUCUUCAGUGUAAAACAAACUUCCAGAGCAAAGUAAAUGCUGUAUUUCAAGAUUGCAAUGCAGGAUGAUGUAACUCCUCAUUCCCUGCAUUCACUCAUAUGUAUCUUGUUAGGGAGCUGCUUCUGUUGCAUUCUGUUAUUGAGCUAUAAAGAAUGUAAACUCUCUGAGGGGACCCACGAAGAUGGGGGAUAAUUAGCUUUACUUUUGUUUUCUGUUUCCUGAUUAGGCUCCAAAGUGCUGCACUUCUCACUUUAGCAACUGUAGGCGAUACUUGAGAGGAAAUUGAUCUUCUACAUCGCACAGCAAACACAGAAAUAUAAUUUGAAUCCAUGUUUAAUUAGUAGCAAAUGAAACAUCAAGGGUUGUUGCGAAGUAAAAAAAAAAAAUCACUUUGCAAUUAGUCAUUAAUUACUAUCUUUGUAUCACUUGUUUUGUUUUGUUUUGUUUUUUUCUUUCACACUAGUUAGAGCAAAGUAAUGCGACAGUAUAGUGAAAAAUGUUUGAUAUAGCCUUGAGACUUGAGAGGUUUGCUGUGCAGGGUGACAAGAAGCAUCAAGCUUAAAAAUAUUGUCCUUUGAUGUCUGAGCUCAAAGGUUAAUCGAUUUACUAGUGAACACUUUCUUUUUAUCUAGUGUUGCCAGUGGCUGUUCUGUCCCAAUUUACAAAAGCAUAAUACCAUUAUAGCUUCUGUAAUGCCUGUUACACCACUCCUUAGAUAUUGUCAGUGUCUGACAGCUUGCUCAGCCACGAUUUGCUGAAAGUCCACAUGGAUGUGCUGACCUAAGCCUCUCCAUUUUUUAAAAGAAGCCCUCUGUCCAUUAGCCGCAGAGAGCCAGACUCUCUUUUCUAUGCUCCAGACAAACAAUCCUAGUUUACCUAUUUGCCACGAAUACAGUGCAUCAUUCUGCAGCGCUGAGUGCCCUAGAGAGAAGGUCAGAGUAGCAACAGCACAGCCCCUCCUAUAUGAGCCUGUUCAUCUUUCCACCCUACAUGUUCAGUACAAUAACUAAUUAUGGUCUGUGUCACUCAAGGGAUCCCAUGUUGAUUAGGGCCCAAAAUCAUUACAGCCCUUCAGAAAGCUUCAUAACAGCACUGUUGUGACAACGGUCCUUGGGAGUAGGAUGAAAUAGAUUGGUAGUACAUUAAUCUCAUUGUCAAGUCACAGGAUUUACGCACUUUCUUUGGAAUCCAUUACUAUUCAAAGGCGGAAGUCACCCACAAAGCGGCACAGAGCAACUGAUAAAUGAAUGAUUCCCCCAAGCAAAGUACGCCACAAAACCCUGAAAGUCACACAAUAGCUUUUCCUGUGUUCUGUAACACCAUGCUUUCUUCAACUGCCUCUGGUCUCUACCUGCCUCGAGCUCUGUUAGAGUGCCAGUAACAAAAGAAUGUAGCUGCUUCGGCAUAAAGAUGGCGCGCAGUGUAAGCUUUUACAGGUUAAAAGUUAAGUGCGCUGCUUUUAGACGCUGUAACAUUUAUUGUAAUGGUGAGGUGAAGGGAAGCUUUAACUCCACAUAAUAGAAUAGUGUAUUCAAACUGCCAGUGUCAUACAAGAUAAAAAGUAGGCAAAAUGAAUGUUACCAGGCAUCACAUGCAUGGAAAUGCUGUUUUGAUGACUUGCUCCUGGCAAAAUAAUGGGGGAGCAUGAAAGCCGAGUGGAAAAGGCUUGAAGCUAGUCUGGUAUCUUUCUGAAAUAUUAAAGGAGACUCUAAAUGCAGUGAUAAACAGUCAACAACAUUUAUUCUAUUUAAAAGAACAUUAAGAUCUCAAUUUUAAAUGCUAUAAAUCAUUAUAAAUCAUAGAAAUCUUGUCUGCAUGAAAAAACAAUUGUGUUAAUGUGACUCACAGUGGGUUAUGGCAGUUAUGUUUUUUUGAGAUGGUUAACCAGUGAGCCGUGUGCAAAAUAUUUGGGAAGAAAAGAGCCUAUAAUCAAUGGGAUUAUAGACAUUUUUAUUUUCACAUGAAGCCUGACUGUGGCUUUAAGCUUAAUUAAAUGAAGGAAAUUAGACCCGGGGGCACAAAUGUAUUUAGGGAAUGUGGUUAGGGGUAGGUCUGAGUAAGACUUGCUGUUUAGUGUGUAGUAGCAAUUGCAUAUUUAUCAUUCUGUUUAGACUUGUAUUGAUAUAUUAAAUUAUAGGAAGACUAGAGAGGUUUAUAUUGCUAAUAGGGAGCCAGAUGUACACAACAAGCAGGCAAGUCCUUUUUGUGACUUCUUGGCUAUUUGAUCUCUAUUCAGUAAGUUGCACAACAGUGGUUGUGACUAACAGGGGUAUUUUCCAGUGCUGUACAGGUUAAGCAAAACGACAUGAACCCAUGCAUUGUGGAGUGUGUGAGUGAACCUGGACAUUAUCUCUAUUAGACAAAAGGCACAUCACAUUUUUAAAGCAGCAAAUUGCAAAAGCCAACAGAAGAAUCAAUCUGAACAUAUGGUGAUGUAACAUCUAUAAUGCAUCACCAUUGCUCUGAUGUGACAUCAAAACCCCAAAGACCAAUUAGUGUGUACAGAGCCGACUGCCAAAUGGUAUUGGCUUAUGUGAAGCGAUGAAACACUGCUCAAUGGAUCUGCUAAGGGAUCUGCUAUUAGACGAAAUGUCUAUCGUGCACAGGUGAUUUAGCUCCCAAUUUCAAUAACAAUUAUUCACAUCUAACAGCUGAAUACAAAUGAUUAUAAGCCAAAGCAUGAUCCAUGAUGAACUGCACUAUGAGUAUAUAAUGUAGUAUUUCAUAUCGAACUCAUUCCCCUUUUUCUGUGGUAAAAUAACUGACAUCUACAUAUAUUUUUGUAUAAACUGUAUAACAACACAGAACUUAUGAUUAAAUCAUUUUUUAUUUUGAAGAUUGGAUCAUUUUUUUGGUAGUAGAGCAGCUUUUGAUUGAUGGAAUAUCUAUUAUUUGUGUUAUUUUUAGCCUAAGAGCCAUUUGGGGUUUGUUUUUUUUUUCUCAGUUUUGUCUGUUUGCAAGACCAGCGCAGUGAACUUUCUCUCUCUCUUUUUCUCGGCCCCUCCAGGGGGGAAUCUAGCAGUGUGACUUCUCACUUCUCGCUUCUAUACCUCCAGGUUGAAUGGAGCGACUGACUCAUUCAGUUGUGAAAUCAGGUUUAUGGAGAUCUUCCCACUGUUUUACCCCUCCUGCUUCCAUCACUGGUAGUUCACAACAUUCAAAAAUAAAAAAAAAGGAAAGUGACAGGACUGAAAUCAAGACUGCCUUCUGCUGUAAUCUUCUUCCCAUCUUCCACUAAGAUGAUCCCCACGGAGGAUGCAUUAUCUUUCCCAGAGACGACACUAUGUCACUGUCACUUUCCUGUCCCGUAGCUAAAGGCAGGGUGAUUAUGUCAUCUAAACAUUUUUUGAGAUGUUUCACUUCUGAGUCAGAUAUAAAAUGUUUUCUGCCAUUGUAAAUAGGGAGGCAGGUGCUGGGCAGAAUUUUUCCCCGUGGAUUUGUGUGAAAAGGGUUGUAACACAAUCUGAGCAUGUGUUUGAUUGUAACUAUAGCUUUAUAUUCAUAUAUGCAAGAAUGGAGCUGCCACUAUACUAACACUUAUAUCUUGAGUUUUUUUGUCAAUCUUCUCUAAAUCCAGCUUUUCUUCCUCAUAUAUAAGUGUUCUGCAUCCUAAUGCCAUACUGGACCACUUCUACAUGUUCACUUGCUUUCAGUAGCCGGUUUAUCCCCAUCAUGGUGAAUCUGAAGCCUAUCCCGGGAACACUGAGCGUAAGGUGGGAAUACACCCUGGGUCGUACGCCAGUCCAUCACAGGGCACAAUGCACACACACAUUCUCACCUAGGUGCAAUUUCAGAGUUACCAAUCCACCUAUCACUUGUUUUUGAGAGGUCGGAGGAAACCUGAGAACCUGGAGGAAACCUAUGCAGACAUGGGGAGAACAUGCACAGAAACUGUCCAAUCAGAUAGUAACCCAAGCUCAGGAUCAAUGCUACCCACGACACAAUCCAAAAAUAUGAAUAGAUAAUAACAAAUCCAAAUAUAUAAAUAGCAUAGAAGCUAUGUUGAAUGUCCAUCUUGUCAAAUGUCUAGCUCAUUAUAGUAGUCAAUACAGCCUCGCUGACAUUGUUUUCCCUCUUAAUUGUUGAAUCUUGUCAAGUUCUAGUGCACAAAUAGACUGAGGGAGAGUGGCAGCUGCAAGCUCUUAUUUGCUAAUUCUGAACUGUCUAUUCCACGUCCUCUUCAUCUGGCAAAGGCUGCCGUUAUUCAGAGGAUAAGAUAAGAAAUGUACAUAAGGCUGAGCAGAAGAACUGGAUUUUCUCCAUACAUGCUGCUACGAUUCAAUGUUUGGAUUGAGUAGCGCAGUGCAAUAAGGUGAAGGAGACGGCGUUGCAAACAUUCAAUCAUCAUCGGAAAAAUUUCACUAAAUUCACUGUCACUAAAUCUUGUGAGGUCCAAAUGACAUUUCUCAUGUUCUACUGGCUUGAGUGAUUUCUAAUUUUUAAAGAUAUGAACUGAAAAAUAUAGAAUAUAGAUUCCUAAACACUUUAAAGUUUUAUGAUGUAGAGCUAGUGUGAUGUGACACAGAGCUAGUAAGAUGGCUGUACUGUUGUGUGUAUUAUACAUAAUAUACAACCUACAAAAUAAUCAAACUUAACUUUUCUGUAAUUAAUUAUUUAGCUCUAUAUCAUUCUUAGGGGAGAUUUGUUUGUAUAUAGAACAGAUCCCACCAUAAAUUUACAUUUCUUUAUCAUUAUUGACGAACAGGAUAAACAGAAAGUGUCUGUGCUGCACAGUCCCGUGAUGAUAGAGUUCCCGUAAUGAAAGAGAUUCGAAAGAGACAUAUCUGUGUGCUGUGAAGCAAAAUCUUUUACUAGUGUCAAAGUCAUGGUAGGCAACUGUUCAGCUAUUUUUAUGCUUUGUUUCCAUGAGUGCCCCUCUGCAUGUGUUCGAUCUGAGUGAAAGCAGUCACUCAGUGAAGGGAAAGUGGAGGAAAAACGAGGCAGAACUCACGGUCAGUGCACUCUAGAUGCACUCAUUCCUCAGAAACAUAUGGGGCUCCUUAUGAGCCUGCUCGCUCCCUCUCCUGCCAUCACAUGUUUGUCAAAGCUAACCUCGUGGGAAGAAAUCGCACAUACAUAGUAGGACUUAAUUGUUUUUUAUUUCCAACCCACAGGGGCUGUUCCUUAAUUAAUUAAACUCAGAUGUGCAAAAUGCUUUACUCCCUGUGACGAAAAGCAAAAUAAGCACUAGGCAUGUACUUCAAAUACUCAUUUAGCAUCGGCUACAUGUUUACAGGACACAGUCAGAGGGCUUCUCUCACCCCUCGGGUCUGGUGCAAGAGAGGGGGGUUAGAGGUAGUAUAGGCCAGGGCAGCUGCGUGCUUGAACCUGCCAAGGACUGUGCUUCCCAGGCUUGCUCAGUGCCAUUAAAUGGGUCAUUGAACAGCUAAAUGGAGUCAUUAUAACGAGUAAUUAAAAGAAUAGCACCCAAGACUCCGAAACUCUCCUCUGCCUGCCUCUGGGUUCCGCCGCCUUUGGGGUUUCGUAGACUCUUGCUGCAUAGCAGCUGCUGUAGGCACUUUCACUAGAAUGCAAAUCACAUCUUUCCCAGCUAAUUAAAUCGCAUUAUCAAGGCUUUUGCAUUAUUGAAAUUCUGACUAGGCAUUAGAUUUUCCAUGGGAAACAAAUUUGCUUUGCAAGUCGGACCUUUGAAAUCACUUGUUGGUUUCAUUCUCUGGUGCAGCUUCCAAGAUUAAUUUGGUCACAAUCAGUUAAUUUUGGUAAAGAAUCAGGUUUUGCUUGGUUGGCAUGUAGUAAAAGCAUGGAAGUACUUAUAAUCAGAGCUAGAUCAUUUUCAUACUUCUGUGUAUCUACUUAGAAAAUGUAAUAAAGCAGAGUCUUUCUAAAUAUGUCCAGUCCCCAGUAGAGCAAGGCAUAUCUUUUGAUUUUCUGUUGUUUUUACUCAGAUCCCUUGCCAGCUGGAAGUGAUCUCAGUGCAGAUUAUAAUUGACGUUCACAUAAAAUUACUGAGAUGCCAAUCAGUGUGAAAUACAUAAAAAUAUACAAGGAGACAAAGAGCACACAGUGUAACAACAGUCUCAUCUGCAUAUUGAUAGUUUCACAUUUCCAAAAGAACAUGUUUAUGCCUUUCAUGCCUUCAUCUGGGUAUUACAUAUAAUAAGACCCCAAGAGUUAUGAAAUAUAUUUACUGAAUGUCAAACAAGAUGUUAUUCUCUGAAAGGUCAGAGUUGUCCUGAUAGCAUUUAUAGCUUUUAAUUGGGAUUUUGGCUGGUGAGUUAUUUUCACAGAAGAUUACUUAAAUAUAGAGUAAAGCAGAGAUUUUGAGAAGAGACACUUCAUCUUGUUUUCUUGUUUACAUCAAAGAUUUUUUACAGUUCCUGGUUGAAAGACGUAUUUCACUGAGACAUACAUUGUCUUGGGGCAUGUUUAUAUGUCUCGCUUGUUCUCUCUGUGACCGUGUGGGUUUCGUCCCGGUUCUCUGGUUUCCUCCCAUCUCCCAGAAAUAUGCUAAUAUGUGGACUGGCAAUGCUAAAUUCCCCCUAGAUGUGAAUGAGUGUGUGAAUGAGUGUGUGAAUGAGUGUGAUCCUUCCGAUGGACUGGCAUCCCAUCCAGGCGUGUGUCCCUGCCUCAUGCCCAGUGUUCCCAGGAUAGGAUCCGGAUUCACCUGGACAAUGACCAGGAUAAAGCGCUUACUGGAGAUGAAUGACUGAAUGAUUGAAAGAUCAGUUCACAAUGUAAUUAGGUAUUUACUAGAUAUUUACAAUGCCUAAGUCAGUGUAUCAGUGUCACACACAGGAAAUAUGUAAUGAAUAACACCGCAAGAAAAAAAAUUAGAAAGCGAAAUUAAAAAUUUAGAAUAAGUCAUGUAGAAAAAUUGUUCUAAAGCUCAUUUUACAAUUUACCCCCUCAGCUACACAGUUCAGUUCAGAGGAGUGAAAAGAGAUAAUAUGUGCAAUAUGGGCGGUGCAGCAAAUUGUGUAGGGCUUAAUUAGUUGGUCUUGCUUGCCGAUCACAGCCAGAGCUUACUCUGGUUAAUUGGAGUAUGGGAUUCAUUAGCAUUAGAUCAAUGUCUGGGGAAAAAAAAAAGAAUGGCUCAUGCAACAGAGAGGUUGCGUCAUGACAGGAAACAUUCACAGGGCCAACCAUUUCGAAUCGGCCUUCAUCGAUCCUCUGUCACACGCUGAUCUAAAGAUGUUCAGGGUCAGCAUGCAGACAGGUAUUACUGAAUAGCAUCUCAAUGUUCCUUUUUAAUGAAACUGCGAGACAAAGAAAUAGAUAUAUUCAUUGAUAAACUCAUUAAUUUGUAUACAAUAACAGCAUUCUUUCUAUUUAUGGGUGGGUUUCUAGUUUGCAAUCACAGUAAAUACACCAUUAAAUCAGGAAGGAUUCAACAGUUUCACUUUGAAAGUAUUUUUUCUCAUCAAUUAACCAAAAGCUUUCCUUUAGUUUUCUUGUACUAAUUUUGGAAUUUAAAGAGCACCAGCUAGGUCAAAGGCAGUUGAAUAGCUAUACUGAAAGACCAUUUGUCUUCUCUUUUCAAAUCUGUGAGGAAGAUAAACAAAUCUAACCCACUGGGUCUUUGUGCUUUUCCAGAGAGAAAGAGAGAGAGAGAAAGAGAGUGCUGCUGAUGAAGGGGUGAGAGAUGCGUGUUCUCAACGGAGUGUUUAACCUGAGCAGCGGGGGCUGUACCUUUGGGUCCAUAAAUGAGACUAAAGCAAUGGAAAAGGGGAAAAUACAAGGGGAUGAGAGCCAUCAGUUUUUUCCCAGGAGAAAAUAAGCACAAACAAACCUGAGGUGGUGAUAGACCACAACCCCAACACUUCUCUCUAAGGGAACCCUCUAUAAGUGCAAAUUCUAUUCACAAAAGAAUAACAAAGGUUAGAAACUGAAGCUGAUGUGAAAACUCCUAUUCGUGACUAGACUCUGGACACCUAUUGCACCUUGUCUACAUAAAACGAUACAGCUGACUAUCCUGCCAGAAUACUGUGAGGCUCUGUCCAGCCUAAUAGAAACUAAAAGUGACAUCACUACCUAAUUGUUACUACCAUUGUUCAUGAUUUCCAGAAAGGCAUCCAUGGCUUGUAGUGGUGGUGUUGUGAUGAGUGCCUUCAUCUGGUCUAUGGCCAUAAUCUAUCUGACUCACAUCGGUGGAGUGAGAGGGGACUGCUGGCUCAUUGAAGGGGAAAAGGGCUUUGUGUGGUUGGCCAUCUGCAGCCAAAACCAGCCACCUUAUGAGGCCAUCCCUCAGCAUAUCAACAGCACCAUUGUGGACCUUCGCUUGAAUGAAAAUAAGAUUAAAAGUAUCCAUUACUCUGCCCUCAGCCGCUUUGCCAACCUAACAUACCUAAACCUAACAAAAAAUGACAUUAGCUAUAUAGAGGAUGGGGCUUUUUCAGCUCAAUUCAACUUACAAGUACUCCAGCUAGGUUUCAAUAAACUGCGUAACCUAACAGAAGGGAUUCUCAGGGGGUUGGGAAAGCUGCAGUACCUCUACCUCCAGGCCAACCUAAUUGAGACUGUGACACCCAAUGCCUUUUGGGAGUGCCCAAACAUAGAAAACAUAGACCUCUCUAUGAAUCGCAUUCAGGUGCUAGAUGGGAACACCUUCACCAGCCUCACCAAGCUGACCACCUGUGAGCUUUACACCAACCCAUUCAACUGCUCUUGUGAGCUUCUGGGGUUUGUUAAGUGGCUGUCAGUCUUCCCCAACAGAACGAAUGAAAGGAUGGUAUGCGAUUCUCCUGCAGGCGUUUCUGGUUACAGUCUCCUAAGCCAGAAUCCGAACAAUCCUACUCAGCGCAAUGCACUGCAUAUGCUGUCCACUGUGUGCACGGAGGACUAUGUGACUCCGUAUAUCCCUGUGCCUCCUGAGACCACGACUUUCUCUCCAGAUGUUACCCCUUGUGAGCUGGAGGACUGUCCCUCUGGUAGUGAGCCAGAGGAAAUAAGCAUUAGUCCCACUUACCCAGACCUUGAUGUGAAACCAAUCAUGAAGCUGAAACAAGUCUCCCACACAAAUGCAGUCAUUAAUGUUCAGAUACCCCAUCCCUAUAAGAAAAUGUACAUCCUUGUUUUGUAUAACAACAGCUUCUUCACAGACAUUCAGAAUCUGAAACGGCAGAAGGAAGAUAUUGAGUUAAAGAACCUGAAACCUCACACUGAAUAUACCUACUGUGUGGCUUCCAUACGCAAUUCUUUGCGUUAUAACCAUACCUGUCUCAAAUUAUCCACAGGCCCCAGAACUGGGAGAGUGAGAGAGGCUAAUAAUGCAACAGCCACUCACUAUAUAAUGACCAUCCUAGGAUGCCUUUUCAGCAUGGUAAUUGUUUUGGGAAUGGUCUACUAUUGCUUGCGAAAGAAGAGGUACCAAGAUGAAAAGCACAAAAAGGCAGGUAGUAUGAAGAAGAACAUAAUAGAGCUCAAAUAUGGUGGUGAACUGGAGGGAGGGACUAUAUCCAGGGUGUCUCAAAAGCAAAUAAUGGCUGGGGAGAGUAUGUCUCGCAUGCCAUAUUUGCCUUCUGGGAGUGAGAUGGAUCAGUACAAAAUUCAGGAUAUAAGUGACACGCCAAAAAUGGCUAAGGGCAACUACAUGGAUGUAAGAACAGGGGAGCAUCAAGACCGAAGAGAGUGUGAGAUGCCUAUGCCAAGCAAUAGUCAGGGCUCUGUUGCUGAGAUCUCCACAAUUGCAAAGGAGGUGGAUAAAGUCAACCAGAUUAUUAACAAUUGCAUAGAUGCUUUGAAGUCAGAGUCAACUUCUUUCCAAGGAGUCAAAUCUGGAGCUGUUUCAACAGCAGAGCCCCAGUUAGUUCUGAUUUCAGAGCAACCCCAGAGCAAGUCUAGUUUUCUGUCCCCUGUUUACAAGGAUAGCUACCACCACUCUUUACAGAGACAUCACUCCUCAAACACCUCCCCAAAGCGACCCAGCACGGCAACUGGUGGUCCCAUGCGCAGUCCAAGGCCCUACCGCUCUGAGGGGGCAUACAAAUCAGAGUCUAAAUAUAUAGAGAAGACUUCACCUACAGGUGAGACCAUCAUGACCAUUACUCCAGCAGCCGCUAUACUGAGAGCAGAGGCAGAGAAGAUGCGUCAAUACAGUGAACAUAGACACUCCUACCCUGAUGCCCAAAUUGAAGAGCUUGAGGGACCAGAGAAUCGCAAAGCAUCCAUCCUGGAGCCUCUGACACGGCCUCGGCCCAGAGACUUGGCUUAUUCUCAGCUGUCUCCCCAGUACCAUAACCUCAGCUACUCCUCCAGCCCUGAGUAUUACUGCAAACCAACUCACAGCAUCUGGGAGCGUUUCAAGCUCCAUCGCAAACGUCACAAAGAUGAGGAAUACAUGGCAGCAGGCCAUGCCCUGCGUAAAAAAGUGCAGUUUGCAAAGGAUGAGGACCUGCAUGACAUUCUAGAUUACUGGAAAGGUGUGUCAGCCCAACAUAAAUCUUAAUCUUCUCAAGUGUUUCUUCAAGUGUUUUUUGUUGGACCAUGAAAACAGAAUGAGUUUUGAAUUGCGUUUUAAUGGAGGACAUAGCCAACUUUGACUAAUGGGGAAAGGGGGAAAUUGGGAAUACACUCUUAGUUUUGUAAAUUUACCAAAAGGAUAUAUACAAGAAGAGAACACAGUGCAAAUUUAAAAAUAUAUAUGUUCAAGUGGAUUAUAAGUAUUUGGUUCCGCAUGGCCAAGUCCUGUGACAAUGGAUUUUCUACUGUGUACAGUGAGAAAAAAAAAGCAUCAUACACUGACAGAUGUCUUAUGGAAACAUAUUUCUUCUCACUGUACAUUGAUUAAUGAACAGUUCUCCCUAUAUAUUGAGUUAUAAAUACAAAGGGACUAAUGUACAAUAUAGUGUUUUUAUACUUGCAAAGAUUGGUGGUUAUAAGAAAAAAAUAUAGGACACGUUUGAUUCAGGUUUAGAUUAUGGAUUUUAGAAUCAGUUCCUGUGACAUUUGUCUAUAAUGAAUGUUUGGAGUUCAGAUGGAUAAACAUUGCACUUGUCACUGGAAUGGUAUACGUCCAUUCAAAACACCAUUUAAUCUAGUCUGCUUUGUCAUUUUUCAUUCAUGUCACUAAACAAAAUGCACAAUAUUACAAUGUUAUUAAAGGCUCAUAAAUUUGGAUAGCUUGUUACUUCAAAACAGAUCAGUGGGAGGUAUAUCCGAAACAUCUGCAUAAUUGGGAUGUGGGAAAAUGUACAGGACUGGGGAAGAGAUCUAUAUAACCAAAUGAUGACAUCAAUGAAAACGCAUUUCAGUGAAAUCAAUUUUUGUACAUUGGAGAUUUGUUUACUGGUAAGUUUCUUUUAUUUCAGACAUGUAACCUUUGUUUCAAUUGUACAAUGCUUGCUGUGGUAAGGAUUUCCAGUAUCUGAUGGUCAGCUCAAGUGCUUGAGUGACAGCUCAUAAACUCAUAUCGUGCAUAUGUCUCCUCUGUUCUUCAGCCCUGAGGAUGAAUGUAUUACAUACAGUACAUGAUAGAAAAUGCAGCCCUUUUCAGCUGCAUGUUUUGUUAUUCAUACUUCUUUUCUUAUCAGUUCUCUUUCAACAGUACCAAACCGACUAGAAAAAAGACAUUUACAGAUCUGUGUGUUAGUUUGUUUUCUACUGUUUGACAAACACAGAUUCUUUUGUAAAUGUUGAAAAUCAAUUAAUGGAAAGGAGCUGUAGCUAUGGCACUGAUCAAGAACGUGAGACAUGCAAGAAGAGAGACACUGAUUUAUUCCCACCCUGACCUGUUGCCACUGGAUUACAUCACCAGAACAGUGUUACAGGAAGUGACUGGGGCAUCCAAUUUCUUAUUUCAAUCGCCUUAAACUUCUGAAAUAUAUGUGUAACUGCUUUUUUCUUUCUCUUUAAGUGUUGAUGGUUUUGAAAGGUCUUUAUUUCUUGUCUUUUUUAAAGGAGCAUUUCAAUAGAUUUCAAGAACUGACCAAUUUAUAGGCAAUCUAGCAAGUAAUCUAUGUGUUUUUAUAUUGCAUACUGUAGCACUCCUACUGUAUAUCAUAAAUGUUAGAAAUGUUUGGACAAUGUGAACUGAAGCAGCUGUUGCUGAAAUACAUCAAGAGACAACCAAGAGCACAAUAAAGUGUUAUUUUUAUUUCUUA